GGUAUCCAGAUGGCCGAUCCAGAAUUGGCAUCAAAGCUGGCACGGCGUUUGGAAAACAUCGACAGUUUGGAUGAAGAAGAUGCUCGGCCUCAUAAGGAACCUCCACCAGCUCCAGUUCUGCCAGAAAAAAUUGUUCCGAAUCCAUAUGUUGCCGCGGACGAUUCGGUGUCAAUUGAUGACCUCAUCGCUCGCACUCUGAAACGGAACGAACACGCCGACGAACAUAGUGAAGAGAACAACAAUCACGUUCCCGUCACGAAUCCCGACGAUGUCAAUUCGACGCGUACAACACAAUCCGACGCAGUUCAAUCUACACAUCCAAUCAAGCCGAUAGCUGUGGACACAUCCUUUGAACCGCAUCGGGUUGGUAGCCCUGGAAGUAGAAACAGCCCCGCUCACAGUCUCCCAAAGACUCCACCACCAAAGACAACCAUCGGAGAGUUACUAGUCAAGGAUCAACAGCCUCUGCCAGCUCCACCAGCUAGUCGCUGUCCAGUGAUUCCGAUCCAGCAUCAUGUACAUAAGAUGGAGCCGAGACGGUUACCGAGUCCUGAGGAUGAAGGAGAGGAAUUAGAAAGGAAGCUGGCUGCUCAGAGAUCAAAAAAGCACUAUGCACAGACGCCAAGCCCAAAUUCUGCAGUGGUUUUCUCAAAUUCGGAUAGUUCAGUUACUGCCGAGCCCAGUGUAAACUAUGCCGAGUCAGAACGGGCAAAUUCCAAGCCCUCAGCCGAAUCUGUGACCGAACAACCACAGCAGAAUAACCUCUUCACACCUAACAAUGUGGUCGAAACCCAAGCCGAGAUACAUGCUGACCAUACAGACCAAAAAUCCUUCAAAAAAUCUCCCUCACCUUUAAAUUCACAAUCCCCCGCACAUCCAUCAGUAUCAUCUCCUCCGCCGCCACCACCUCCGCCUCCACAGCACGUCAAAAACUUCUCCAGAGAAGGAUCUGUAGAAAAGCCUAGCAGUCUAAAAAGCGCAUUGGAUCCUGAUGACCUUCGGCAUUUGAUCCUAGAGGAGUUGAAGAAAAAUAAGACCAACGUGGAGGAGAUGAUUGUGUUGAGGGGAAUGAAGCAGGGUAGCAGCGAGAAGUCAUUUUCACCAUCGAGGGAGCUUUUGGAGAUGAUUCAGCGAGAAAAUGGUGUUCGUACUCCGCCUCCGGUACCUCCACCGAAGCCACUAAGUCGACCACAAUCUCCAGCUAUUACUAAAAAAUUCUCAUUGGAUUCAACGUCAUCUGGUGAUCAGAACAUGUUUAGCGAAAGGCAAAACAAGCCCAAUCCUCCACUUCAG